AUGGAGACUCAUUGGGAGAAGAAGGAUGACCACACGAGAGUAUUCUAUCUAAAUUUUGUGACGAGUGCUGGUAUCUCGAUAACGCCGACUGAAAAUAAAGCCACUGCUACUGCACCCGAUGGCUUCCAACUUGCGGGAUUCUAUGGACGCGCAGAAGCUGAACGAUCCGUAACUGGGUGGGCGUUCAACAGUACCAACAUUUGUCCAUUGGGUUACGGCAAGGAUGGAGACGACUGUAUCGCGCAAUGUCCAUUAUCGUACCCUGUUUCCUGCUCUCUGGAGUGUAUUCCUCAAAAUGACGACUGUGCUCUUGAGACACUUUCCAAGAUCGGUUCUGUCGUUGCAGUGGCUCUUAAUGCUUCCACUGUUGGUGUCUUUGGAGAAGUUCUGGCUGCGUACAAGACGGCCAAGUGGGCUAUUACGUGUGUGGCAAAUAUCAUCACUGUGAUUCGAGGACUCAUAUAUUACCUCCGGUAUCGACAAACUGCAGCUCCUCAAGGAGAUACAGCAGAGCUUCUGGCUGUGGCCUACCAGACUGACGUGGUAGUUUACGAUCUCCCUAUCGCUGUGUGUACUUGUCAGGGAAUUCCCGUCCCUGCUAACGCGAAAUACGCGUCUACAGUGCUCAAGGUCGUGAAAGGUAUUGUGAAACAAGCCAUUACUAACGGUGACGAGAUUAUAUCGACAGGAGAAAAUGUUCUUAGCUUGCUUACGGGCACUGGUGCACUGAAUACGACCGAUUCUACUGUCGAUGAGCUUCAAAAUCUCAUUGAUACAAACUCCAGUUGCGGCUACGAACUCAAACAUCUAACGGAUAUAGUCGUUCGCGUGAUUAACGAAGUACGCAGUAACACACCAGGUGCUGUGGAUGAUGUCCGAGUGAGCGUAUACAACUCUGCGAUUGUUCUGAAUGAUAUUCCAGCCGUCACGAAUUACCGUAUGGGCGAACUUCUAUACAACAAGACGGUAACAGCAGCAUUUGAGACGCGCGAUUUGCUUCGAAAAACCUUUGGCGUUAUCAUCGACCAGCUUAUUGAAACGGGUACUACUGAUAUGGGAGAAUCGGUUGCAGAAGGCGAGUAUAUGCUGAAGGUCUCGAACAUGGGGCUUGUUGCGCUAUCUGCGAUCGAUCCUACGGGUAUAGCGUACAUGGCUUCGCAGUUCGUGCAACCGAUUUGUGGUCCCACGGCGUAUCUUGGCGAGAUUGAUGACGGAAGGCUUGAUGACGCUCUUGGUCUUACGACGGUGGACGAAGCCUUGGUAGGAAGCUACGGAACGUGGACGAAGAGAGGAGAUGGCGUUGUCCACCUCAUUUUUUUGAAGAGUGUGGACACUGAAGAUGUGACAAUUGUGAUUCAUUCAGGAGGAGAUAAAUACGCAGAAGUUGGUCUGCAAGAUAAAACCAUGUACAUCGACCGCUGGCGUCCUGGUCUUUUGGGUUUGCCUGGAUCAGGGGGUGGCUCAUUGGUGCUUUGGAUCCCACGGUCGUCUGAGGGAGGUCACAUCGAAAUGCAUGUGCGGAUCAACGUAAGCUAA